ACCAAAAGUGCAUUUCACGAAGUGUCCUUGAAUGCCUCGUGGCGCGUUCAGCGACCACUCGUUGCGUCGGGCCCGGCCCCUGGGUGGGGAUUGGCGUGAUUGAUGGUCACAUCGAGAGGCGCGUACGUUCGCUCGCUCCCCCCGCCGCUAUCUCCGAGCAUUUGUCACUCGGUCCUGCCGUCUCUUCCCCACGCGAACACGCAGCCGUGCAUUUUAAUCGGUCACCCGCUCGUCGUCCGACGUAUCGAUGAGGACGAAGUGAAAUCUUCGAAGGAAUUUCUUUUUUUUUUUCUUUCUUUUUUCCGUGGAUUGUGGAAAAGUUUCCAGCGACAGCAGCUGGAGUCCGCGGCUGGGCAAGAAGCCGCUGAGAGAGGCGCACUUGAUUCCGGAGCUCUCGCAAUAUGAGGUGAAGACGUCUCACCAAAGCGACGCGCCAUCUUCCCUCAACGCCUCCCUCCAGCACCAGUUUGCCCUUGCGUCUGACCCCCGCAUGGCGUCCAGUCUGACGUGCGCCGGCGCGCUGUGGGCGCUGCUGUCCCUGCUGUGCGCCGCCGCGUCCUGCGUGGGCUUCUUCAUGCCCUACUGGCUCCUAGGCAUGCAGAUGGACAAGCCGGUGUCUUUCGGGACUUUCCGUCGCUGUUCGUACCCCGUGCGCGAUGAGGAGCGGCAGGCCACCGUCAUGCUGGAGCAGUGCGGCCGUUACGCCUCCUUCCACGGCAUCCCCAGCCUGGAGUGGCGCAUCUGCACGCUGGUGACGGGCGUGGGUUGCGGCCUCCUCCUCUUGGUGGCGCUAACCGCUCUAAUGGGCUGCUGCAUCUCCGAGCUCAUCUCGCGUACGAUUGGUCGCGUGGCCGGCGGCAUUCAGUUUGUCGGAGGCCUGCUCAUCGGAUCCGGCUGCGCGCUCUAUCCGCUUGGAUGGGACAGCGAGGAAGUGCAACAGACGUGCAGCAACAGCUCGGACCAGUUUCAGCUGGGCUCCUGCCAGAUCGGCUGGGCCUAUUACUGCACGGGGGCCGGGGCGGCGGGCGCCAUGCUGCUGUGCACCUGGUUGUCAUGUUUCGCCGGCAAGAAGCAGAAGCAGUACCCAUACUGAGGGUCCGAGGAGCCGGGCCUGCCGAGUGUUCUCCCGUGACACCGGCUGACGGCUCUACAACGGCGCACAACGAGGGACAAACUGCAGGGACUCAUUCAUAAUGCAGCACAUACACACACACACACACACACACACACACACACGUGUGACACCGCUCCAAAAAGGUCAUCGAUACAGUGAACCACCGAUAUACUCGACGGACUUGUGUACUGGAAGCGUUGGGAUCGGUUCUCCACUCAGUGACGGACGGUGUGAACGUGGGUGUGUAUGGUUGUUCGUCUCGAUGUGUGACUGACGGGCGACCAGUUCAGGGGAUGGUCUGUCUUUUGCCCAAGUCAACUGGGAUAGGCGCCGGCAACUCCCGCGACCCUGUUUGGGAUAAACGGUGUUGAAAAUGGAUGGGUGGGUGUGUGUGUGUGUGUGUGUGUGUGUGUAAAUGUUGCAUGUUAGUAACAAGGAACUAUGUUGAACUGAGGGGAAGGACUUCAUUUAGUCCACCCAUUGUGUUGCCCAAGCGGGGUAAAAAAAAUGCUUUACCGCCAUCUUGUGGCAUCAAUGGGUAUUUCGAACAUUUUUGGGUCGGCACUAAAAUGCUUUACCGCCAUCUUGUGGCAUCAAUGGGUAUUUCGAACAUUUUUGGGUCGGCACUAAAAUGCUUUACCGCCAUCUUGUGGCAUCAAUGGGUAUUUCGAACAUUUUUGGGUCGGCACUAAAAUGCUUUACCGCCAUCUUGUGGCAUCAAUGGGUAUUUCGAACAUUUUUGGGUCGGCAAUAAAAUGCUUUACCGCCAUCUUGUGGCAUCAAUGGGUAUUUCGAACAUUUUUGGGUCGGCACUAAAAUGCUUUACCGCCAUCUUGUGGCAUCAAUGGGUAUUUCGAACACUUUUGGGUCGGCACUGAUUACUUGACUGUGGUCGCUAUCCACCGUCAGUCGAGGUGGUUCACUGUAAUCGUUUUUGGGUUGGAAUUACAGGAUGGAGCGGAAGAGCACCGUCACAUUUACAGAUGAACCUCACAUGACCGAGUUUGAGCUUUUCAAUUCUUUCAAACGUUUCCGAACGACAAGGAGCUGAAGUGAAAACAGGGUGAAGGACGUCCGUGUGCGGACCCCAUCGGGUCCUUCUGUUGUAAUCCGCGGACAGCGGCGGUUUCUGGUCCGAGCGAUAUGUGCGGCCAUGAAGGUUGAAGUGAGAGGUGAUUGGAUGUCAAGGAAGUCUGACAUCUUUGUUGCUGGGAAGAUCUCCGGGGAAAUAAAGGCAGCACGUCAUUGGCCAUUGGACGUACAAUAUUUUCAAAAAUGUCAAGAAGGUCAAAUUUAGUUCACCGGUCAAAAUUACGACGCAGUUGAGGUUCAUUCUGAAAUGUCACUCAAAAGCUCCACACACACACACACACACAUAUACACACACGCUCACACACAGCUUUGAAAUCUUCUCUUAAUGUGUGGACCAACCAUUUUGUGAAGCUUUAUUUCACGUUUCUUUCUCUUCAACCUGUUGCUAUUUGUGUCUUGGGGUGAAGACUUCAAUAAAAAUACAAGUCAUAAUAAUAAAAAAAAUAAUGCGAUAUCCGACUUCAUUGUAACGUGAAGUGUUCCUGUAUCCUCCUCGUCGGUCUCAUCGUUGCCUUAGACACCAAACCCCGAAAUGCAAUAAUCCCCCGACGAGCUUCUCCGGCUCCCCCUCCCCCUCCCUCCCUCCCCCAAAAGAAGGAUGCAGACCUUAUAUGUUAUGUAUGAUAAUGUAUUUGUUAUCAUAAGAGCACGUUUUGUUUUUUUGUUUUGUAAUCACCUCCUCAAAUUAUUCCGUUUUUGUAAAUAAAUGUUUAUGGAAAA